CUGAUCAUCUCUUCGUUCUUCUCCCUCCUCCAGUGCCCAGCUACCUCCUCCAAGGAGACAAAGAAAGUCAGGACAAGGGAGAGAGGAUUAAUUGUUCGUGCUCGGUUGGCGGCAAUGGCACGCUGCUUGGUGUUCAUGCUGCUGUUCCUAAUCUCCUCCCUCAUCUCGACCGUCGGCCUGCUGGUCGAGCCGCCCGCCGAGCUGCUGCAGCUCGGCGAUGUCGGGGAAGGCCGGCUCAGCGUCGACCGGUCCGAUGUCCUCGAGGCGUCACGGGACUUUGGGGGGCUCGCCCGCGCCGAGCCGAUGGCUGUGUUCCACCCGCGCGGGGCCGGGGACGUUGCGGGACUUGUCCGCGCCGCGUACGGGUCCGCCCGCGGCCUCCGCGUCUCGGCGCGGGGCCACGGCCAUUCCAUCAGCGGGCAGGCCCAGGCGCCCGGUGGGGUGGUCGUGGACAUGAGCCACGGCCCCGGCGCCGAGGCGAGGGCGAGGGCAUUGCCCGUGUACUCGCCCGCGCUGGGCGGGCACUACGUGGACGUGUGGGGCGGCGAGCUGUGGGUCGACGUGCUCAACUGGACGCUGGCGCACGGUUGGCUCGCUCCGCGGUCGUGGACGGACUACCUGUACCUGUCCGUGGGCGGCACCCUCUCCAACGCCGGCAUCAGCGGGCAGGCCUUCCACCACGGGCCCCAGAUCAGCAAUGUCUACGAGCUCGACGUCGUCACCGGGAAGGGAGAGGUGGUGACCUGCUCGAAGACGCAGCACCCGGACCUGUUCUUCGGCGCGCUCGGCGGGCUGGGGCAGCUCGGGAUCAUUACGCGGGCGCGCAUCGCCCUCGAGCGUGCUCCCCAAAGGGUUCGGUGGAUCCGGGCGCUCUACUUCAACUUCACCGAGUUCACGGCGGACCAGGAGCGCCUCAUCUCCCUCCGCGGCGGCCGCCGGUUCGACUACGUCGAGGGCUUCGUCGUCGCCGCCGAGGGCCUCAUCAACAACUGGAGGUCCUCCUUCUUCUCCCCGCAGAACCCCGUCAAGCUCAGCUCGCUCAAGCACCACUCCGGCGUGCUCUACUGCCUCGAGGUCACCAAGAACUACGACGACUCCACCGCCGGAUCCGUCGACCAGGAGGUGGAUGCGCUGCUGGGCGAGCUGAACUUCCUCCCGGGCACGGUGUUCACGACGGACCUGCCGUACGUGGACUUCCUGGACCGCGUGCACAAGGCGGAGCUGAAGCUGCGCGCCAAGGGCAUGUGGGAGGUGCCGCACCCGUGGCUGAACCUCUUCGUGCCGGCGUCCCGCAUCGCCGACUUCGACCACGGCGUCUUCCGCGGCGUCCUCGGCGGCCGCACCGCCGGCGCCGGCGGGCCCAUCCUCAUCUACCCCAUGAACAAGCACAAGUGGGACCCGAGGAGCUCGGUGGUGACGCCGGACGAGGAGAUGUUCUACCUGGUGGCGUUCCUGCGGUCGGCGCUGCCGGGCGCGGGGGCGGCCGACCCGGCGCGGAGCCUCGAGGCGCUGGCGGCGCAGAACCGGCGGAUCCUCGACUUCUGCGCGCGGGAGGGGAUCGGCGCCAAGCAGUACCUGCCCAACCACAAGGCGCAGCACGAGUGGGCCGAGCACUUCGGGGCUCAGCGGUGGGAGCGGUUCGCGCGGCUCAAGGCCGAGUUCGACCCCAGGGCCAUCCUGGCCACGGGCCAGGGCAUCUUCCGGCCGGCCGACUCUCCGGCGCCGGAGGCCGACUCCUGAGCUCUGGUUGAUUCAGCUGCUAGGUACAUUACCGUUUACUGAUUAGGCGCGUGUAGGUAGUUACAGCAGUAACCAUAGAAGAUUUAGUUGGUUCGUUGGUCCGGUUGAUGUACAAAUGUGGGCGGUUCGUGUGGCAUAGCUACUGGGAUUGAUUCUGUAUAGGGGAAUGAAAUUAACGUGUCGUGUUCAUGCAACUGCAAGCGAAUUUUGAUGGAAGAAUAUCGGCGUCUGCCUCCGAAUUUUGUCGGCCUCCACGGACCACGGAUACGAGCGAUGCUGAUCAACAGGCAUCCUGUGUGACAAGUGACAACUUUGUUACAAACAGGGAAUCAGUUGAUUAGCAUGCACUAAGGAACAGGUUUGGAACAGAAGUCGUCCCUCCGAGUCAAGCACGCACUUCCACAGAGGAAUACUCAAAAGUCACGCACUUCCACAUAUCAAGGAAUCAAAAUGGAAGGCAGCAUGGACCAAUGGUUCGACAUGUAGUAGCUAUGAUCAGGGACUAUUUAUCAUAUGAAU